AUGGACCACCACCGCUGGAGCAGAGACGGCCGCGCAUCGCCGGCGGGAUACCUGAUGAUGCAGCCGACCGUUGAGGAGGCGGCCGAGGCAGCACAUCCGCCGCGGAUGGAGCGCUUCUUUCAAGGCUUCAGGCGGGAUCCGCAGUCGGAAUUCUACUCGAGAGACGGUGCAGACACGGUGGUGCGCUCAAAUGUCAUCGGGCCGUAUUAUGAUUUACGCAGCGCCACGCUGGAAAAUGCGCAGGCUUCGGGAGGACUGAUGCGCAGGCUCAAGGGGAGGCAUCUUCAAAUGAUUGCCAUUGGCGGAUCAGUCGGAGCGGGAUUGUUCGUCGCUAGCGGCAAGGCACUGUCCGUCGGCGGUCCUGCAUCGCUACUGUUGGCGUUUUCGGUCGUUGGCAUUAUGCUGUUCUGCACUUGCCAGGCACUCGGUGAGCUUGCCGUCGUGUUUCCCAUUGCAGGCUCCUUUUCGUCCUGGUCUACUCGAUUUCUAGACCCUUCGUGGGGAUUCGCCAUGGGCUGGAACUAUGCGCUGCAAUGGCUCUCCGUGUUACCGUUGGAAAUCAUUGCUGCUUCACUUACCCUCGAUUACUGGAACCAUUCUCUUCCAAGAAGCGUAUUCGUAACCAUUUUCCUAGUCGUCAUCCUAACCAUCAACAUGUUUGGAGUCAAGGGCUAUGGAGAAGCCGAGUACAUCUUUUCCAUGAUCAAGGUGAUUGCCGUCAUUGGCUUCAUCCUCCUCGCCAUUGUCCUCAACCUCGGCGGCACACCCGACGGCGGCUACAUUGGCGGCAAGUACUGGCACGAUCCCGGUGCCUUCCACAACGGCUUCAAGGGCAUCUGCAGCGUCUUCACCACGGCCGCCUUUGCCUUUGCCGGCACCGAGCUCGUCGGGCUCGCGGCCGCCGAGACCGCCGCCCCGCGCAAGUCGCUCCCCACGGCCAUUAAGCAAGUCUUUUGGCGCAUCACCCUCUUCUACGUCGUCGCCCUGACCCUCGUCGGCCUCUUGGUGCCCUACGACAGCCCCCGGCUCUUUGGCGGCGCGAGCCCCGUCGACGCCAACACGUCGCCCUUUGUCAUUGCCAUUGAGGCCGCGGGCAUCCAGAUCCUGCCGUCCGUCAUGAAUGCGGUUAUCCUGGUGGCCAUCUUGUCCGUCGGCAACUCGGCCGUCUUUGGCUCCACGCGCACGCUCGCCGCCAUGGCGAACCUGCGCCAGGCCCCGCGCAUCCUCGGCUACGUCGACCGCAAAGGCCGCCCCCUGGUGGCCAUUUCUCUCGCCGCGCUCAUCGGCUUCCUCGCCUACCUGGCGCAUCUCAAGCAGCAGCGCGUCGUUCUCGAGUGGCUGCUGACGGCGUCGGGCCUCUCUUCCGUCUUUACCUGGGGCUCGAUUUGUCUCUGCCACAUUCGCUUCCGUCGCGCGUGGGCCGCUCGCGGGCACGAGCCUGCCGAGCUGCCCUUUCAAGCGCAGUUUGGCGUCGUGGGCUCCUAUGUCGGGCUCGCGCUCAAUUGCCUCGUCAUUGUCACGCAAUUCUGGGUCGGCGCGUCGCCGAUCAACUCGGAAAACAUGGCCACGCGGGAAAUUGUGCAGCACUUCUUCCUCAAGUGGAUGGGCGCGCCCGUCGUGUUCAUCUUCUUCAUCGGCCACAAGCUGUAUUACAAGACGCGCUACGUCAAAAUUGACGACUUGGACGUUGAUACAGGCCGGCGGCAGUUUAAUCUGCCCAUAUUAAUAGAACAGGAAAAGGAAGAGCAGGCAAACUGGCCGCGAUGGAAAGUCUUUUAUAAGCUGAUAUGUUGA